AUGGCGGAUUUCAUGGGAGUCGUCGCCAUCAUCUUUUUCUACCUCCUCAUCUUGGUCGUCGGCAUUUGGGCCGGCAGGAAAUCGAAGGUAAAAUGCUAUAACUUGAAUAUUUGUAAUCUAUAAUCUUGGUAUCAAAUUAUAGAGCUUUUGAAGCUAUUUUUGGAAUUUCAGAGCAGAAAGGAGCUGGAGGAGGAAGUUGGCGCCCACACGGAGGAGGUGAUGUUAGCCGGGAGGAACAUCGGAACCGUCGUUGGGAUUUUCACAAUGACAGGUUCGAAAAUGAUUGGAAUUCAGAAUCAAACAAAAAAAUAAAAGAAAAAUUCAAAAACAUGGGCUGGAUCCACCUUUCUGGGCGCAAAAAAAAAUAAUAACUGGAAAUUGUACUGAAGUUGGCAGGACUUUUUGAAGAUGGAGAAUGUUCGUCCACCUUUUUGGGGUUAGGCCAGCCCAAGUAUGUCCAGAAUAAAAUCAAAAAACUAGGAAACGACCCAAAAUUUAAGAAAUGAAGCCUUUUCCUAUUUUUUUUUCCUCAUAGCCUCUCCCUUAUUCCACCAUUUCUCGAGCCUUUAAAAUCCCAGAAAAAUGGAAGGCUCGAUAAAGGGACUCUUUUUGCUGCCUUUUUGCUGCCUUUCUGCAGCCUUUUUUGAGCAAUUUGACGAUUUCCACUUUUUUUUUCAGCUACUUGGGUCGGCGGAGCCUACAUCAAUGGAACGGCUGAAGCGUUGUACAACGGAGGUAAGAUGAACAUUUCUGUGAUAAGAAUAGGAGCGAGUUUUAAAAAAAACGUUUUUUUCUCUAAGAAGUGUAGUACAGUUCCAGAAAACGAGAUUUCUAAUAAGAAUAGAACAUUUCAAAGCCACUGAUCAUAUAUUAUUUUUCUGCCAAAAAACCGUAUCUCUUCAGUUCAAAUUUCGCGUCGAGACGAACUUUUGCGGUUUUUUGUGGUGUCUCGAAGCGGAAGCGCAGAAAAAUUGUGGUUACGGUAGCCUAUUUUGGUUGUGUUUUGAAGACGCGACCGCAAACACGGAAUAUUCUACAUUUUUGGAUUGAUCUCAAAUUUUCUACAGGACUUCUCGGAUGUCAAGCCCCAAUCGGCUACGCUAUCUCUUUAGUUGUUGGCGGAUUUUUGUUCGCCAAGAAAAUGCGAACUGAGGGCUACAUAACCAUGCUUGAUCCGUUCCAAGUGAGUUUUGACGAGAUCUCUUAAGUGGUCACUAAAAGAGCCAGUGAGACUAGAUAUCCAACAAAAAGGAAAAACUGUGUCAUUUUUGGGAAAUCUGUUCUAAAAAAUAAAAUUCAAAAUAAAGGAAUGAUGAGUUUCAAAUAUUCACAAAUGCAGAACAAAUACGGGCAACGAAUCGGUGGUUUGAUGUAUCUUCCAGCUCUUCUUGGUGAAACUUUUUGGACCGCCGCGAUUCUCUCCGCAUUAGGUAUAUCUCAACUUAAUUUUAUUUUUUGACUAUAUGAAUAAAAAAAUACACGGUUUUUUUGAUUUUUUUUUCUUGGUUAGCUCCAGGAGGAGCUUUUUUUCUCAAAAAUCUGUAUGGUCACCAGAACUAUGAAAACUUUUUUUACUUAGCACAAAAAAAUUCCAAAAUUUACUUUAAAAAUAAUCUUUUUUUGUAAGAAAUUUCACAUAGGCGAAUUCGGAAAGGGUGGAUGUUCCUUUUAGAGGGACAAAGGCUUCUUUUUUCUGGCUUUUUGCGCCAUUUCAUCGGCUGUUAUGUACCAUUUUUGCUGCCUCCCCUUUUUCCACCAUUUCUUAAUCCUUUAAAAACCUAUUAAAAAUGAAAGGCCCGAUAAAGGGAUUCUUUUUGCUGCCUUUUUUGAGUCUCUCCUUUUAGCGGCCAUUAUCCACCAUUCCGACUUUUCCCAAGCAUUUUUCUACAAAGUUACACCUUUUUCGCUUUUUCUUGCUGUAAUUUACGUGUCGAUUCUCACAGGAGCCACCUUGUCAGUCAUCCUGGGCAUCGACAUGAACGCCUCGGUGACUUUGUCGGCGUGCAUCGCCGUCUUCUACACGUUCACUGGCGGAUAUUACGCCGUCGCCUACACCGACGUCGUCCAGUUGUUCUGCAUCUUCGUCGGAUUGGUAGUUAUUUCUUUAAAGAACGAGUUAAACUCGAAUUUCGAGCUAUUAAAGCCAUAUUGGACAUCAUAAUUCAAAUUUCAAGAAAAAACAUGUUUUUUUUAUCCAUUUUACUACGCGUCAAGACAACGAGGGAAUGAGGUACAAAAAUUUGGUUAUCGUAAUUUUUUUUUUGACCGGAAAAGGUGUCAUAUCUAAUAUUUGAAAACUCUAAUUGGAAGGAAGUGUGUGAUCAGACUUUGGUAACGCGAAACAAAUCGGACGUGUCGGGUCAUUUUAGUGACCGCUUUAGUAGCGUCUUAAGAGAUCCCUAGAAGGGCUCAGAAACGUCCGGAGCAUGUCUGAUUUUCGUUAUCGAGGUCUGAGUGGGAGCAAAAUAGACCAUCCGAUUCAUUCAUAAAGCAACUUUGUUGCAAAAUGUACUUUUAGCAGAGAUUCAAACCUUUAUUUCGACUCCAUUUCGAACUAAUUUUUCUCAAAACUACGAUUUUUGUUUGAAGCAUAUUAUUCGACUCAAAUAAAAAGCUCAACAAUUUUGACUUAAUUCCAGUGGGUUUGCGUGCCGGCGGCGAUGCUCCACGACGGAGCCAAAGAUAUCUCGAGAAACGCCGCCGAUUGGAUCGGCGAGGUCGGCGGAUUCGAAGCAAAGUCUCUCUGGUGGGACUGCAUGCUUCUGCUGGUGUUUGGCGGCAUUCCGUGGCAGGUCGGCUGCGAGAUUUUCCUUGUUCCAAUGUUUGGCAUUAGGUCUACUUCCAAAGAGUUCUCUCGUCGAAGACGGCAUCUGGAGCUCAGACUCUGUCAUUUGUGGCCGGAGUGGGAUGUAUUCUGAUGGCUAUUCCUCCGGCGCUCAUCGGAGCCAUUGCUAGGAAUACAGGUAAACUGGAAGAAUCAGAGAAUAAUUGAAUUUUGAGUCUUGGUUUUGACUUUUGAAAUUUUCAAGGCUCUUGUGAGCAACUUUAAACGUGUCAAAACUACUUUAAUUGUCUUUAGAAUCCUAGAAAACGCAGAUUUCUCGGGAAAAAAUUAGAGAAAUCCAGAAAACUUGGUUAAAACUCUGGAAAAAUCGUUUUUGAUAAUUCCAAUUUUUUUUAAUAUGAAAAAAGGCUCUACUGAUAAACAUGAUAAACGAAAACGAGAGAGCAAGGACAUUCUGGAGAGACACCAGAGAAGUUAGAUGGUCUCUCUUUCUCUGGCGCCUCUUCAAACUUGCCUGAAUCUCUAGCUUCUUUAUUCACAAGCUUUCAAGAAAAUAUGUCUAUUCCUACUACAAGCUCUAAUCUUUAUGCUUUCAAUCCCUGUUAAAAUUGAAUUUACUGAUUUAAUCGUUUUUUUUAGAUUGGCGAAUGACGGACUACGAUCCUUACGGCAACGGAACCAAGGUCGAGGCGAUUCCGGUGGACAAGCGAAAUAUGGUCGUUCCCCUGGUUUUCCAGUACCUCACCCCACGAUGGGUCGCCUUCAUUGGCUAGUUUUCAAUCAUUUAUUUAAAGUAAUCAUAACUCAUUCGAAAGUACUUGAAACAGUCUGACCUCUCUGCGUCUCUUUCCUCCCAGUGGAUCUCUCAUUUUUCCUCCUGGUUUUUUUUUGAAUGUGUCUAUCAUCACGAAAAAAAGAAGCAAGCUAGCAUUUCCAAAGUCAUUGUGAACGGGAAAUAUUAGCUCCCAACUCAUUGGUGAAAAUUGCAAAUCGGAAUUUUAACCCUCCUCACCAUCCUGACGUCAUAUUUUGCGAAGGAACAUCAUAAGAGUGUUCUAACAAGUACUCAAACUUACAUUUUAUCUUGAAAAAAGUCUCCAUCGAUUUGAAGUUCUAUUUUAGGUCUCGGCGCGGUCUCAGCUGCUGUGAUGUCAUCGGCAGACUCGUCGGUCCUCUCGGCGGCUUCGAUGUUCGCCCACAACAUCUGGAAGCUCACCAUUCGUCCUCAUGUCCGUAAACCUUUCAAAAAUUGAUUAAAUAUUCCUGGAGGCUUUUUUUGAAUAGUCAUGCUCUUAUAAUUUUAUUAUGGACGCUAAAAUUCACUAUGGUGGUUACAAAAAAUCUAAAGAGAACCCUCUAACUAUGCCAGUAGCCUACAGGAAUAUUUUUCAAACCAGAUCAGGCUCACUAGAUACAGGUUUUCUUUUUUUUUCUUUUUAGAAAGAUGAGAUCGCUGAAAUAUCUGAAUAACUUUUAAAAAUUAUACCUUGUUCGGUUCUUCAUAUACAGUAAAAGUCGAUUUUUCGUGACCACUAAGGCUGAUUCUAUUUCAAAGUCAAACUUCCAACUUCCAGAACAUUUUCAAUGGGUCUUGAGAUUAUUUUUAAAAAAAUAGAUACAGAACCAGCGUGAAAAAUAGCCUUUAGUGAACCUUAUCUUUUUAGAACUGUGAAAUUUUCGUUAAAACUAGGAAGAUUAAAAAAAAAAUUCGUUUUCCAGGCCUCCGAGAAGGAGGUCAUCAUUGUGAUGCGAAUUGCGAUCAUUUGCGUCGGAAUUAUGGCAACGAUCAUGGCUCUCACGAUCCAAUCCAUCUAUGGACUUUGGUAAUACCACUUUUCUUUCAGAAAAAGAUUCAGGAUUCCAGGUACCUCUGCGCGGAUCUCGUCUACGUCAUUCUGUUCCCUCAACUCGUUUGCGUCGUCUAUGUGCCGCACAGCAACACUUAUGGAUCUCUGUCUGGAUAUGCAGGUGGGAGAAUGGAUCGAUAUUCAAAAAAACCUGGUGUUUAUUAAGUCGAACAUUUCGUAAAUUUUUGAAUUAAUUUUCAUUUCUUCUUUUUCGUCUUCUUCCUACGCCUUUGUACCGCUUUCUUUUUCUUCCUACGAGGUUCUAUCCUGAUAUCAGUGGACUGGCUCGAGCGAAAUUUCCGUCCUUGUGUGUGACGGCUGGGGAUCUUUAAAAUCGUGGUUUCCCACUACCAACAUUUCUUGAACCCCUUGGUUGGGAUCGAACUUGUGACCCUGUGAGCCGUAGACAGGCACACAACCUGUUGAGCUACGGCGCGCCUCGAAGUAAUUCUCAUUUCUCACUUCUAUUCGAACCUGCUCAUUUUAAGUUUCAAACUGCUUAUUUCAGCGGCUUAACGAAGUCAGUGUUAGUUUAUGAAGUCUCCUCCCGAAAAUUCUUAAUAAUCUGUGCUUGAAAUUGUUCACAAGAUUUUCAAGUCUUGAGCUUUUUCUCAGAAACUAAACGGAUUAUAAAUAUAGACGAUCUCCCUUAAACAUAUUUUUGGAAUCAUUUAGAAAGAAUGGCUUGCCGUCGCUAUUUCAAGAAGAGUUGAGGGACCGAAAACUUUGACAAAAAAAAGAAGAAGCUCAUUUCAAAUUACAGUAUUAUUUUGAAUAAGUUAUAAUCAAGGAGAAGAAUAGAGAAAUAAUUGAAAAAAUUAGAGAAUAAGGAACAAGUAGGGAAAUAUGAUAAAUGCUGCCUUGCUGAAUAGUUUUGAGAUCAAUAAUGAAAAAUUAUAUCAAGGCUGAAAAUAAUUGAGAAAAUUUUUUUUGUGAUAACCAAGGCGAAAUCCAUCUACCAUUCAGAAAUAAGAUCUCUCUGACGGAUGAGAGUGGGAACUUUUUUUAAAAAUUUAAGCUAGUUUAACUUUUUUUCUUAAGCCUCGAGGGUUUUUUUUUCAAGCACCUUUUUAUUUCAGAAUCAGCUUAAAUAAUGUUCAUACGUCGGCUGGGUCCCACUCCGGGAAUGCGGCCUACCCCCAUCAAACUGUGCCCUACCCCCUCAAAGUGCGGUCUUACCCCUGAAAAAGUCCCCGCCUACUUCAGUAAAUUUUUCGAAUUUUUUUAUCGCACAAAAAGGCUGGGGUGGGCAUCCAGCCGACGUAUGAUACUAUUCUUAGUUUUAUUAUUUUGUUAGAAAGUCCCUUUGUGAGUCUGGGAACAUUUUUUUGGUUAUCUUUCUUUGAUAACUUCGAGGUCUUUAAAAAUGAUCCGCGUUUUUCUAGAUGGCUUCUCGAAAAUAUUCUUUUUUUUUUAAAUUUUUCGUAGUAUAACCGUCUGUUUUCACCCAAUAACUGUUUUGAAAUAUCAUUUGAAAAGGAAAAAUGCAUUAAUUUCGCCUUUUAAAUCCGAAAAAUGUGCUUCUUUUGUAAUGAGGAAGUCGUCAGUAGCCCCGCUAAAAAAAUUUUAUUCCGCAUCCAGGAAUUUAAAAUUUUAGUUCUGUCUAUCUCUGUCCCAUACGCUAGGCCAGGCUUUAAUAAUUGCUUCAAAAAAAAAACCAACAAAUAAUUUUCAGUCGGUCUGAUCCUACGACUGAUCGGCGGCGAGCCGCUUCUAUCCUUCCCCGCCAUUUUCCACUACCCGAUGUAUUCUGAAGGCGUCCAGUACUUCCCGUUCCGCACCACCGCCAUGCUCUCCUCCAUGACGACGAUUAUACUGGUCUGCGAACCUGAAAAACUGAAAAAAGUUUCCCUUUGAGGUAUCAAAAUACACGGAAAAGCUGUUCCAAAGCGGUACGAUCUCGCCGGAAUGGGACAUCUUCGGAUGUGUCGUCAAUAUACCGUCGGAUCACAUUCCUCUACCUUCGGAUGUUUCUUUUGCCGUCAGCAGCGAUACCAUUUCUGUUAAUAAGGUGAAUAUGAUUAGCUUACAGGUAAACGGUCAGUGAAAAAGUUAUUUUUGAGAUUAUGAUGUCAUCUUUUAGAGCUUUUUUUUUCUAAAAUUGUGCUUGAAAUUUUACAGAACUCCUUCGUUUUGGUGACACAUAACUUCAAAAGGGAAAAGAAAGAACUUUGAAUUCUUACUGAAAAGGCCUUUUGCAGCAAAGUUGCUCUAUGGUGAAUUAGGAAACCACAGUAUACAGAGCUUUUUUGCGCGCUUCGCUUCAAGACCUGUAAUCUGAAGGUAUACGGUUCUUCGGUCAGAAAAAAACGUGACAAGCUUUAUUGUAUUGAAAAAAAGGAAAGGUUGAAAGUUAAAACGAAAAAAGACUGGAAAAAAAAUCGAAAAUCUCCAAGAAGUUACUAAAGGGUUUUGGGGUUAACACUAAAGUGAUCACUACCCGUUUCCAGGCCAACGGCAACCACUCGACAACACAACACGCAAAUCCGGCAUUCUCAGAAACUUCCUCCUUACAUCCUUACACAGAUCAGAAUUAUUUGUCCACCUCAUGA